AACUGGGAAAAGGCCUGAUUGACCGACGCCUUACAACAAGCUCAAGACACCGGGCGUAGUAGCUCGCGCAACGCACGCUUGUAGCGACGUCAUAAUACCUCCCAGGAUAUCUCGAAGCUGUGCCUGCCCAGCUCAACGAAUCGGUUACGGACGAACGAUCUAUCCUAGACAACUGGAACGAUUCAAGCCUUGCGUACGGCGCACAAGCUGUACUGGACUUAUUGCAACGCCUCGCCCACUUCCACCCGCCUGUUGGAUAGUUUGCUCCUGUCACAGCGCAAGCCAUGCUUCUCUCGAAAGGCGGAGGUCCGGCAUGGAAGUCUACAAGGGCGCCCAGUAGGGCCUUUUGGACCUCAUUGACGCGACCCCGAGCCGUGAUAGGGCUUGCCAUUUUCUGUAUUAUGCUGUUGUUGUGGCGCGGCAUCCGAAGCUCAACAGAUGUACAAGAUUUCUAUUGUUGGGGGCCUGCGAAAUCCCCCAUGGAUAUGACACAGAACGAGUACGCCCGGUGGAACGCACAUUUGCAGACACCGAUCGUGUUCAACCACCACAAGCCGGUCGAGAUUGAGUCGAAAAGCAUACAGCGUGUUGACUUGAACCCGAUCAAGUCAACACACAAGGCUCUGCUAAAUGAGGAGCGCGUCCUCAUCCUGACUCCUCUCAAGGAUGCCGCACAGUAUCUCUUGAAAUACUUUGAGCUCUUGACUGAGCUUACCUACCCACAUCAUCUCAUUGACCUAGCAUUUUUGGUUGGCGAUUCCAGUGACGACACCCUGGCUGUUCUUGCGUCCGAACUCGACCGGAUGCAAAAACGCCCCGGCGACGUGCCGUUCCACAGUGCGACCAUUGUCGAGAAGGACCUCCAUUUCCAAUUGUCGAACGAUGUGAAGGAUCGUCACGGGUUCGCCGCGCAAGGCCCCCGUCGCAAGGCAUUGGGAAAGGCACGGAAUUAUCUUCUUUCAGCGGCGCUGAGACCGGAACAUUCGUGGGUCUUCUGGCGCGAUGUUGAUAUUGUGGAGAGUCCACCAAAGAUCCUCGAGGAUCUGAUGGCACACGAUAAGGACAUUAUUGUUCCCAAUAUUUGGUUUCACAGAAUCGAAGACGGCGUCGACAUUGAAGGUCGCUUCGACUACAACUCAUGGGUCGAAUCAGAGACAGCCCUCAAGCUAGCCAAGACCCUUGAUAAGGAUGUUGUACUGGCUGAAGGAUAUAAAGAGUACAAAACAGAUCGAACCUACAUGUGCCAGAUGGGCGACCGCCACGCGAAUCCUGACGAAGAACUGGAACUGGACGGAAUAGGCGGGGUGAGCAUCUUGGUUAAAGCUGACGUCCAUCGAUCUGGCAUCAACUUUCCAAGCUACGCCUUUGAGAAUCAGGCCGAGACGGAGGGUUUCGCGAAGAUGGCUAAACGUGCAGGCUACCAGGUCAUCGGGCUUCCCAACUACGUGGUAUGGCACAAGGACACAGAGGAAGAACCCGGCAACGCCUGAGCCGGCGACUUUGAGAAAAGGAACGAAUUCUGUCGUCUAAAUUCACUAGAUCAAAUUAUUAGCACCAGCGUUAUGUUGCGGAGACAAUGUCUCCUGUUACGUUCAAAUCGAAUGACUACUAAACUCGGAUUAAUCGC